GUGACACUAUCCUAGGCCAGUCUCGAGAGAACAGCCUUUACGAAAUCGUAGAGUUUCUGCAACCCCUUUCCGAGUUCUAAUUUCUAAACAUAAAAUGAAAUAUAUGCAUAGAUUUUGUUUCCACGUGGAGUCUUAAAUGAAAAACUCUGAAACGCUUCCUUGUGGAAGUGGAAUGAUCCUUUGUCUUCACUUAGCCAACGUCUUCCUGAAUCGAACCCAAUAUGUUGACUUGAGGCAAAUGCACAAACUUGAAACACUUAUUCACAGAAUGUUCCUUUUACAAGAGCAAUAGUCUUUGGAUUGAUCCCCAUCGGUAGACUUGAGGCAGUAUUCAGGCAAAAACUCAAUCAAGAAAGCUUCAACUCAACUCAUCCAUGGCAAGAUGGUCUCAACUCCCCAAAGACCUCCUUCUCCUAAUUGCCCAGCGCCUGAAUUCCCAUUUCGAUCUCCUCUGUCUCCGAUCAGUCUGCUCCUCCUGGCAUGCUUGUGUCCCCUCCAGACUCCAUCCACUCCCUUCCCGUUUCCCGAUCCUUCCCACCAAUGGAACCUCCUGGGGUUUAUAUCUUUCUAGGCGCACAAUUCUGUGUCUUGGAUUACCUGAAUCUCACUGCCAACCCACCAUCAGUUCCUGGCUGAUCAAGGUUGAAGAAGAUGUCCCUGAUAUGGCACACCUGGUGAACCCACUCUCCACAUUUCAAUUCAAACAUCUUCCACCAAAUUUCCCAAAAACUUUUGACUUUUCCAGGUUUCGGGUCUCCGAAUUAGGGCAAGAGUAUGUCCUUCAGUACAUGAAUCAUCGCCCAUCCGGAGAGGCUGAUGAGGGGAGCUUGCACAAGGGGAAGGUGGCUUUUUCUAGCACCGGCAAUGGCGAAGAUUUUGUAAUGAUUACAAUUCAUGUGUCUGGAAAGUUGGCCAUGUUCAGGCAUGGAAACAAAAGGUUGAUAUUAAUUAAUGAUACGCCAUCUCCUUGUGAUGAUUUGAUAUUCUUUAAUGGGGAAUUCUAUGCCAUUGAUAACACUGGAAGGACUGUAGUUGUGGCUAUUGGAUCACCUCCAGUUCUAAGUUUGAUCGCUGAUUCAGUGUUUGGUGGCGACAAGAAGAGCUUGGUUGAGUCCAAUGGCGAAUUGUUGAUGGUCGAUACAUACUUUGGUCAGGGGAUUCAUCGCCGAAUGAAGAGAGCAGUUCGGUUUAAGGUUUUCAAGCUAGAUCAAAUUGGGCAUAUGUGGGUUGAGGUCGAAAGCUUGGGUAAUCGAAUCCUGUUUUUGGGUGAGAAAAGUACAUUCUCGGCUGUGGCUUCUGAAUUUUGUGGGUGUGAAGGGAACUGUAUUUACUAUACAAAUACCUUCUUCUGCCCAAAUGGGCAAGGAGAUAAUGCAUAUACAGCAAUAGAUAUAUUCAAUUUAGAGAAUGGUAAUAUGGGGCCUUUAUUGAGUUUUCCUGAUUAUUCCAAGGUGAUUUGGCCUCCACCGGCUUGGGUUUACACUGAUAAUAUUGGAGGUAUAUGAUGCUCCUUUGCUGGAGAAAUGUACUCUCUUGAAUACUGAUGCUUUGAAUUUUGUUUACAGUGUUUGCCCAUUGUGUCUGUUUGACAGUGAUAGAGAAAUUUGAUAUUGCUCCUGUUUUAUAGACCCUGUUUAUCAAGAAACUCUCCUAAGCUAGCUAUUAAGAUACUGGGUUUUUUUAUGCGUAUAUGAUAUGAUCCAAUUGCUUGUAUCAACACAAACCAUAAGGCUAUGCGACAUCUUUGCUUGUUGUUACAGGUAUUCAACUUAGCUUUGAUCUUA